AUGACAUUUAGCGCACCCCAAAGUCUCUACAAUACGCCCCCAGUACUCUCCAUCUACAUCACUGGCCUUGUCAUGGAAGACAUCAGUCGCAACGGUGGCCUAGUCAAGUACGCCAAGAUGACCAAAGAGAAAGCAGCCAAGGUAUAUGAAGCCCUUCGUGAGGGCGAAGACCGUGGCAUUUUGCGAGAGAAGGUCAAAGAAGGCUCGGGGAGUUUGAUGAACAUCGUAUUUGACGUCGUAGGCGAUGGCAUGGAAACGAAGUUCAUCGGCGGUGCGGAGAGUAGAGGUAUGAAAGGUCUGAAGGGACAUAGGUCCGUCGGGGGGAUCCGCGUUUCAUUAUACAAUGCUGUUACAGUUGCGAACGUGGACGUACUUGCGACGUACAUGCGGGAAUUCAUCAAGGAGAAUGGGGCAGCAUAACGCUGCAGCUACGUACUGCUCACUGUACAUAUACCACUCGUUUUAUGUACAAAUCCUUGAGAACAUUGUUUGCC